AUGCCUGGCUUGCCCCUUCAACUCCGCAAGGACGUGCGUGAUAGGUAUGAGAAACCCGAAGCCGCUGUUCAAAAGUCCUUCAAGGAAUUGGCAGAGGUUGUAGGAUAUCCGGUAUCAUGUGAACCAGAAUGGCAGAUGCUCUGGCAAGAGCUCGAAAAUGUUUAUGCAGACAAGUCAACAUUCGUCCCGACCAUUGCUGGGGUGAUCGAAACUUGGUGUCACACACUAUCUCGCAGACUUGAGGACGACAAGCAUGAAGCUUGGACAGAGACUUUCCUCGAGAAACUCACCACCGUUCAGAUUGUGAAAUUGCUCGUCCACGUAAAUAAUUACCAAUUUGCUGUUGAAAGAGAAUGGUGGCUAAUUGGUCAGGUUGCUAAUGAACCAAGGCCAAAGACAACAUGGUCCUCCACAACGCCGGCAUUCACUAUUAUCUUGCCGAAUAAAACAUCUUUCCACGCCGCCAGCUCAGCAUCAGGAUUCCAGAACGAUUUCGAAAAUCUCUUCGAAAGCAGUACCUCCAUCUCCAGCACCAAGUGGGAAGAGCCCCCGAGUAAGGAUGAGGAAUGGUCCAAUGUCGAGUCCAUCGCCGAUACGCGGAGCAUUCAAAUUCGCACGGUUGAGGAACCAGAACUUGCCGACAUCCUACCGUCCCUCCACACCUUACCAAGACCCGAUCUGCUCUUCAGUGCCACAACCCCAUAUUUGAUGCAACUCUCCCAUAGCGGGGUUAGCAGCAUAACAGUGUUCGGAACGCAUGAACCAAGUUUGCGACUCUUGUCGGACUAUCUACAGCGCUGGAUCAAGAUUCCUUACCUCAAGAUCAAACUUCAAGAAUCGAUUUUUGGAAUGGGAUUGUACUACGAUAGGCUUACUCUGGAGCCGUUUGAUCACCACCAACGGAAUUCUAUCAUCAAUGUUGCGCUGAUUCAAGCAUUCAUUGAAGGCGUCCUUGGUUAUCAACCGGUCAAUGAUCACGGUGGAAGCGGUGUUCGAGAGUUCAAGCGCACCAAGCCUUUCAGAUCCUGA